AUGGCGGAGGAGGCAAAGCUCUGGACGGGCCGGCAGCGGUGCCGCGGUGAAGAGGAGGAGGACGACGAAGGCCCGGGUGCCGCUGGGGGCUCAGAGACUGAGGCCUGCCUUGGUGAUGAUGAUGAUGAUAAUGUUGAGAAGCCCGGGGUGCCGUCUUCGGUCUCUGAGCUGCCCAUCUAUGUGUCGAUGCAUCGCGUGCGCCGGCUCAUCAACGCAAGUAUAGAUGAUCCCUACACACUCGGUCAGUUGUGUGAACCAAGGAUGAACGUUCUUAUUGUCCGACCUCUGGUCGAGCGCCUGUAUCAUCCCCAAGAUAUCACUAUCGUCUACUGCCUCCUGGCCAACCGCCUCUACUUCCUUCGCCAACGAGCAACCUCGGUCCACCAACCCGUCAACAUAGCCCGCGCGACGCUCUGCGAGCUGGUAGCAACCCGGGUCCUCCGCCGCUUCCACGAGGCAAGCCCGGGCUCCGCGGGUCUCCUGUUCCUCUCGCGCCUCCUCGUCGGCGGCUUCGACCCCUUCGAGGGCGCCCCCGAAGCCGUCGAGUUCGAGGGCCGCCGGCAGUGGGCCCCGCAAGAGCGCGGCGGCCUCGAGCGCAAGCUCACCGCCCUCGAGCUGGCCAUCCUCUCCGAGAGCAAGACCUUCAUCUCCUCUCCGGGUUGCCAGCGCGUCGUCAACGCCGUCUACGAGGGCCGCGUCGUCUACACGCCCCUCUCCUUUGUCGACAUACUCCCGGACCACUUCGAGUACCGCCCCAUCUCCCUCUAUGACCCGCGGAAAGCGCCCCUCCUGAAUCACUACCGUCUCAUCGUCCCGCGCUCCCGCAACUCCAUCGAGUUCGUCCAGUUCCUCAUCCUCAUGGCCCUCUACUUCCUCGCCAUGCUCUACCGCCGUAGCAGCAACGAGGUCUUUGAGUUCCUCUUCUGCAUCUACGCCGCCGGCUGGGUCCUCGACGAGUUCGCCGCCGUGGCGGAGCACGGCUGGGAGGUCCACGCGCAGAACCUCUGGUCCUGGCUCGACGUCACCUUUUCCGUAAUCUACGCCGCCUACGUCCUCGCGCGCGUCUACGACGUCGGGGCGGGCCACUUCCCCGACGGUCACGGCCUGCACAUCCUCCCGCUCGCCGCGCCGAUCCUCCUCACUCGCGUCGCCUUCAACAUCGCCCCCGACAAUAUUGUCCUCAUUUCCCUGCACGCCAUGAUGAAGGACUUUUUGUUGCUCUCCUUCCUCGCGUGCUGGUGCUUCAUGGGCUUCCUCCUCGCGCUGCAGUGGCUCAUCGACUCCAACGACAACCCCAACGCGACGCCCUCGUGGUUCGCUAUCGGCAAGUGGAUGCUCUGGAUCUGGUUCGGCCUCGACGGUACCGGGAUCGAGGAGUCGACGCAGUUCCACAUCGUCCUCGGCCCGGCUCUCAUGGUGGGCUUCGCCUUCCUCGGCAACACGCUGUUCCUGACCAUCCUUGUCGCCGUGCUGACAAACACCUUUUCCAACAUCAUUGCCGACGAGGCGGCCGAGGUGCGCUUCCGCCGCGCCGUGCUGACGUUUGAGGGCGUCAAGAGCGAUGCCAUUUUCGCGUACCCGCCGCCCUUUAACAUCUUUGCGCUCGCGACGCUGCUGCCGUUGAGGUUCGUCGUGUCGGCCGAGACGUUUCACAGGGUCAAUGUCGCGCUGAUCCGCGCGCUGAAUUUGCCGACGUUGCUGCUCAUCAGCCUGUAUGAGAGGCGGCAGUUCUCGCGGCGGAUGAGGAAGACGAUGAUGGGUGGUAGUGGCGGCCGCCGGAGUUUCUUGGGGUGGCAGCUUUCGGGGUUUUCGCCGCAUGGUGACAUCCAGGCCGUGUUUGAUACGGCGCCGCCGCCGGACGUGGCUGAUUUGAUCGAGGAGCUGGACAAGCUUGGUGAGGAGGGGUCAGUGACGAGCGAGGUUCUGCCAAAGUUGUCGGUUGAUCUGGGUCGGCCUAUUCGAUGGAGAUCAAGGUUACGGAACGGGGUUCAGGAGCAUGAUGACUGA